AGCUCCCUCGACUCCCCCGCAACCCCAAAGAUUUGCGAGCGCGCCCACAUUGCACCAAGGGGCGUUUGGCGUCCGGCGUUCCAUAUUCCUCCUCCUCCUAGUACUUGACUGCUUGCAUAGGUCCAUUGCUUUCUCGUUCAUUACUACACUGAGUGAGACACAGACGCGCGCGACCGCACCGCUCUCACCCCCGACCUGACCAUGAUUUCCCCCAACGACGACUGGACUCUCGGUCUGACCGAAUCCUCCAAGAUCGACGAGCUCGCCGGAUGCACCGUCGCCAUUGACGCCGCCGACCAUCUCAACCGCCUGCUCAAUGACCCCCAAUGGAAAGAGCCGCUGCUGCCCGCCCUCGGCGGCUUGCCCUUCGCCAUGAAGCGCCUCAUCCAGGACGAUGUCAACCGUUUCCGCUCCCGCAACAUAACUCCUUUCUUCGUCUUCAAUGGCCUUGACUUUGGCAAGAAGGACAACCCGUUUCGCGCGUCGGACGAGGCUGUGCGCGUCACCUCAGACGCCUGGGAGCUCUACAACCAGUCUGAGGCCGAGCGUGCGGUCUCGACCUUUGGAGAAGCGCGUACGUACCUCUUCCCUGGCACGCUCUGUCGGGACAAAUCGACGUACUAAUAGUCAAGGUAGCUCCUGUCAGGUCGGAUGAGAUAUAUCG